UUUAACUGAAAAAAAAUGUUACAAUUUGCAAUGUAAUUAAAUGUAAUUUGUUAUCAAUAUUGAUAUAUAUGAUGAUUUUAAAAUUAUAUGUAUUUAAUGUUUUUUACUUUAUAAAUCGAUACCUGUUCCUUCAUUAUUUCUUCAUUUAUUAAAAUGAAUGAGAAUCACUGAAUAUACAUAUAUAAUAAACACAAUAUUGGCGCUAUAAGAUUUAAAAAGAAAUAAUCAAUUUGAAAAGAAAUUUUUAAAAAAUAUGGAGGUGUGUGAUGUUUUACAUAAUGUUAUUAAUAAUGAAAAAGAUUUAGAAGAAAAUCAAGAAUCCGUAAAUGAAGUGAAAAACAGAUUAAAAAAACAAAUAGAACAAUUGAAAUCUCUAAUUUUGCAAAUUGAAUGCAGUUUGGAUAUAUUAAAAUUUAAAAAUAUUAAAUGUGUUUUUCAUUCAAAUCUUGUUAAUAACUUAAGUACUGAUGAAGUUCCAAAUGUUAAUUUACAAUUGAAAUCCGAAUUAUAUAGAUAUUCUGGUUUUUAUUGUGUCAAGUUUUCAGAAGAAGAAUAUAUAUUUAAUUUUUCACCUUUAAGUAAAUAUGAUAAAAAAAAUAUUUUUGCUGUACAAAUAUUAAAUAAUCAAAAAAACGGAACUUUAGGAAAAUGGGUAAUGCCAAUGGGUAUUGAUUUAAAUGACUUAACAUCUGACUUUCCUAUUACUGAGUUAAGAAAAAUACCACAUUUCUUAAAAAUUUGUAAACAACAUAUAGAUUCUUAUUUUAUACGACAAACACAAUAUAUUACAUUGAUGGAUAUUAUUUCUCAUACGAAAAAUAGUACUUUACAGUCUAAUUUAGGAUAUACGCAAAUUAGUUUAGAAUUGAUGGGCUUAUAUUAUAAAAAUACAGAUUCAUACAUAAGUAUAAUUAUAUAUCUUUUAUAUAAUAUCAAUGAAGCUAGACCACACAAAAUUGAAGUAAAUUCAACAACACAAGAUGAAUUAGAUCAAAAUAUAAAAAAACAUCUACAAAAAUCUUUGGUAUGUUUUAAACAAUUUGAUUUGCAUAAAGCAUUUGAGAAUAUGUUGAAUUUGGAAGCAUUUAAAUGGACAAAAGAAAAUGCUGAGGAUAGUCCAUUGGAAAUUAAUAAUUUAAGUAAUUCAGAUGAAGAAGGAUUUUUAAGCACAUAUUCAAUUACACAAAAAAAAUCUUUGACACAUAAUAAAAAAAGAAGAAAAAAGAGAAAAAUAAAGGAAGAAAAUUUCAAUAACAUUUUAAAUUUACAUGAAUGUAAAGAAAAUUCUAUUCAAAAUAAAGAGCAAGUAUCACAAAAUAUUAAACAAAAUACAAAUAUCAUAAAAUUGACACCAAAAUUAACUCAUUUAAAAAAAAAAAGAUUAAAACAGACAAAAUUGAAAUUUCAUUUGAAUAAUUCAGAGAAUGAAUCUUCUGAUACAAUUGCACUUAAACAUAUAGAAAUAAAUAAAAAACUAAUUAAACCAUUAACUAGUACUCCAAUACAUCAAAAUAAACAUUCUUCUGAUUCCAUCACAUCAACUAGUAUUAGUGAUAUUACAAUAACUAAAAAUAAUUCAGAUAUUGAUAGAAAAUAAAAAAAAUCAAUUUUAGAAUAUACUUAGAAAAAUUAUUGCAAAACAAAAUAAAAGAAAAAACGAAUCAUUUGUUUAAUUAAACUUGAAUUUAAAAAAGUAAUCUAUAAUUAAUAAAAAAUUAAAAAAGAAAAAGAUAAAAAAAAACUGAAAUAUAUAAUAUAAAUAUUCAAUAAUUUUUUAAUUAAUUGUAAUGUAUUGUAUCCUUCACAUAACAUUUAUACAUAUAUAUAUAUAUAUUGUUUCAAAAUAAAUCUUGUCUUUAAUUUAAUUUGUUUUAUUAUAUUAAAUAACAAUUGGUGCUUGAACAGAUCAGCAAGUGCAAAUAAUAAAGUAGAAAUACUGUCUUAAGCACGUCAAUUCAACAUCGAAUGUCGUUCACUUGUCAUUAUUUAACUUACAUGAAAAUUUUUCAACAUUAUACCCAACAGUAGGUACUAUGUCUAUGCAACGGUCAUCCUCGCGUUUGAAAUUAUUUAUGACCGUUGACUUACCACUAUUGUUAAGGCCCACUACUAAAACGUUUACUUCUUUUUUCUUAAGACCUAAAAGAUUUGCUAAACGAUCAAAUAGUCCCAUUUUCUGUACUCUCUUCGAAGUUACGUGUUUAUCGAAUAUCAAUAGUCUACGCUAUAAUACUGACUACUAUGAAGAUAAUAUAUUUAAAAAUACAAAAUAUAAUUAUUCUUCUCCUAUUACUUAUAUUUAAUUUACUAAUAUAUACAAUGUAUUCUUUAACAUCUUAAUAUCUUAAAUAAAAUUGAUGAAAAUAUUGUAA